UCAAGCCAGGUGACCUCAGUUAACAUGGCGGCUCUCUGGACUGUGUCAUGUGGACUGUAGAAAAGAUGUCUGUUAGGCGCUAAAUGUAGUGUUUCGUUCAGUAAGUAUAGUUUUACAGUUUAAUUGCAGAUUAUGGGUUUGUCUUAAUUCGUGAAGAGAUCCUUAAGGCAGGAGUACGCCAUGUUGGCAUCAGUGGCUGUCCGUGUGACAGCAGCCUCCAGAGGGAAGGUCAGGUCUCUGGUCUCUGUGGGCAGGAGACUGUCCACAAACCAACCUGGCUCCCCGGGUGGAACUCACCACCCUCCGCCCGGAGCCCCCGCUCCUCUCCCGGACACUGAGCCGCCCGCGAUGGAGCAGUGGCGACCCAGAAAAGACCCCAGCGGCUGCUCCGUACUCCUCUUCCCUGGGCAGGGCAGCCAGUUUGUGGGCAUGGGUAGAGGACUUUUGAAGUACCCCAACGUAAAAGAAAUGUUCAUGGUAGCCCAAAAGAUCCUCGGGUACGACCUGCUGGCUCUGUGCCUGGAGGGACCCGAGGAGGAGCUGAUGAAGACGGUUCACUGUCAGCCGGCGGUGUUUGUCACCUCGCUGGCUGCAGUAGAGAGGCUCAACCACGAAAACCCCACGGCCAUUGAGACGUGUGUUGCUGCUGCAGGCUUCAGCGUUGGAGAAUUCGCUGCCCUGGUGUUUUCUGGUGCCAUGAACUAUGCAGAAGCUCUCUAUGCGGUAAAGGUGCGUGCAGAGGCCAUGCAGAAAGCUUCAGAGCUGGUUCCUAGUGGGAUGCUGUCAGUCAUUGGUAGACCACAGGCCCAGUAUAAACAUGCCUGUGUGCAGGCAAAAGAACACUGUGCGAGCCUGGGUAUAGAGCAGCCGGUCUGCUCUGUGGCCAACUAUCUGUUCCCUGAUGGCAGAGUCAUUGCAGGGCACCAACAGGCUCUGGAUUUCCUCCAGCAAAACUCGCGACAUCUCCAGUUCAUGAGGACCAAACCUCUCCCAGUCAGCGGGGCUUUUCACACAGAGCUGAUGGAGUCAGCCACUGAACCCCUCAGAGAGGUGCUCAGACAGGUGGAGGUCCGUCGUCCUGAGAUCAACGUGUACUCCAACGUGGACGGCAAGCGCUACAUGAACGAGAGCCACGUGCGCAGGCAGCUGGUAAAGCAGCUUGUGUCACCUGUGAAGUGGGAGCAAACUCUGCACGAGAUCUACGAGAGGACGCAGGGGAAGAAGUUCCCUCACACCUAUGAAGUCGGCCCGGGAAAACAGCUCGGUGCCACACUUCAGAAGUGCAACAGGAAGGCCUUCAAAGACUAUGCACAUGUGGAAGUCACCACUUAUGAAGACUGAUAAUGCAGAUAGGCAGACUCAGGACUAACAAGAUCCUAAACCUGCAAGCUCCUGUGGUUGCUUAUUAUGGUGUUGCUUGUGUAUUAUUAUGUAAUUAAAUGAUUUUUUAAGUUAA